UCCGCCGACGGUCUUUCGGGCAGGGACUGAGGCUGAGGCCUGGCUGUGGGGACGCGGACGCCACUUUGGGGUAAGAGUCGCUGCCGGGCCGCUCGCCCGUCCCAGGGAAGACUUGGGGGCACCUGCCGGCAGAGGCCGGAGAGCCGUGCCCGCCGCACGCGCCCAGUAACUGUCCAGGAAACGGAGCCCGGUUGGUGGCUGGGCCUACACCUAGUGGACGCCCAGGAGCAUUUGCCGGCUGAACCGGUGGGUCUCGCCACCGAAUGCAGGGGGCGAGCUCAGAGAGGCGGUUGAUGGCCCCCAUCCCGGGCGGAGGUGAGACUUUGGGCGUCGCUGUGCUGGGACAUCGAGGGCACAGUACGUGCAAGUGUCCUGGAAUCUGCAUCUCAUCUCACUGCUCCUCUUCCAACCCGUCACGAGUGGCCUCUCGCCAAAAAAUAAAUACAGAAGUAAAAAUGUCUUCCCGAGGCUGUGCUGGAGGCCUCCCCGGCCAAAUAAUGACAGUCCCAUGUUCGAAGACAGGCAAGCCUGAGGCAGGUCUGGUGCGGAGACACGCAAAGAGACAGGGUGUCAGCCCUUUUAUCGGUGCUACUGUGUGAAGGAACUCUGGCUAGUCUGCUGGAUAGUGAGACCAUAUGCAGCAGAAACAAACGAUCCCAGCAAAGAUGAGACCGCUGGAAGAACCACCCAACUGAGCCCAGCUCAACUUGCAAAAAAAAAAAAAAAAGGUGGUUGUUUUAAGCCAGAAAAACAUUUUAAGGUUAAGAUUCCUUAGAGUAUGUUUCUACAACACCUUAUAAUGCUCUGUAAUAUUCUCACACGUGGGUUUCUCAUGCUGGAUAAUAAAACUCUAGGAGCAUAGGGUCUCUAUUGGUCUUAUUAUUUUAUCCCAGUACUCAGCCUGGUACAUAGUGGGUGCUCAAUAAACAUGAAUGGUUGAAGGGAUUAGAUCUAUGGCGGGGGCAGGCAGGGUGCGGGGAGUCUCACCAAAUUGCAGAAGUUGCCUCUAGGAAUAUGUUCCAAAGUGCACUUCAUUCUCAAGUCUUAUGGCCAGUGGUGGAAAGAAGGUGAAUUGUGAUGUAUGUGGAACAUGGGACCUUGAGGAGUUCCGUAACCAGGAGGAGAAAGAAGUAACAACAGCUAGUGGAGACAAAAAGAACUGCUUCUCCCUUCUUUCCCCUCCACGUUUCUAGUGAGAGUUGAGCCCAGCAUCCCAGACUUGUGUGACUAUAUAGGCAAGCUUUCAAAGACUAACUUUACUUUGGUACCCUAGCCCUCAUGGCUUUCUGAGCAGAUAAUAGGCUUUUAAGUAGCAAAGCUCCCUGCUCUCAGAAAGCCCAACACCAUGCGGAAGGGAGACACCCUGGAGGUAGCACCACCCACCUCAGCCUACCGCUCUGUCAUGGAGGAGUAUGGUUACGAGGUGGGCAAGGUCAUUGGCAAUGGCUCCUAUGGGACGGUUUAUGAGGCUUACUACACAAAGCAGAAGAUCAUGGUGGCUGUCAAGAUCAUCUCAAAGAAGAAGGCCUCUGAGGACUACCUUAACAAGUUCCUGCCCCGUGAGAUACAGGUAAUGAAGGUCCUGCGGCACAAGUACCUCAUCAACUUCUAUCAGGCCAUCGAAACCACAUCCCGAGUAUACAUCAUUCUGGAGCUGGCUCAGGGUGGUGACGUCCUUGAAUGGAUCCAGCACUAUGGGGCUUGCUCUGAGCCCCAUGCUGGCAAGUGGUUCUCCCAGAUGACCCUGGGCAUCGCCUACCUGCACAGCAAGGGCAUCGUGCACCGCCUGACCCCCAGCCUUUCUGCUGCUGGUAGGGACUUAAAGUUGGAGAACCUGUUGCUGGACAAGUGGGAGAACGUGAAGAUAUCGGACUUUGGCUUCGCCAAGAUGGUGCCUUCUAACCAGACUGUGCGUGGUAGCUCUUCUUACCGCCAUAUGAACUGCUUUACCCACCUCAGCCGGACCUACUGUGGCAGCUUUGCUUAUGCCUGCCCGGAGAUCUUGCUGGGCUUGCCCUACAACCCUUUUCUGUCUGACACCUGGAGCAUGGGCGUCAUCCUCUACACUCUAGUGGUGGCCCGGCUGCCCUUUGAUGACACCAAUCUCUUAAAGCUGCUGAAAGAGACUCAAAAGGAGGUCACUUUUCCACCUAACUACUCCAUCUCCCAGGAGUGCAAGGUCCAACUGCUCAUUGCCUGUGUGGCACAAUGGGAGGCAAGCUCAGCCAAGACCUCUCUCUCCCCUGCCCUAGAACCUGGUCUUCCAGACGCUAUGCCAAGCCACCAAGCGUGCCACCAUCCUGGACAUCAUCAAGGAUCCUUGGGUGCUCAAGUUCCAGCCUGAGCAACCCACCCAUGAGAUCAGGCUGCUUGAGGCCAUGUGCCAACCCCCCAGCACCACUAAUCGGCACCAGUCCUUGGAAAUCAAUACCUAAAAGUGGUUAAGGGAGGGAGUUGAGAGAGGAGCAAAGCAGGAGGGUCUGGGGCUAACGAUCUUUUCUACCAAAAAUAAAUCUAUACCUGAUUUAGUUUCA